AAUGUGGGGUUUAUUUCACGGACAGUGACGGAGUAAAGACAUGUUGAAGUUUACCUUCGAGUCUGGUUUAGUUAAUUCAGUAUAAAAUCCUAAAUAUAGGAUUGAACAAGAGAGGCCUGUAAAACAUGCACAAUGACUACGCUGAUAUGACGCUCACGAACAUUUCCUGCCUCAUCACAUAAUCCAGACCAAACUCACUCGGAAAGUGGACACAUUUUUCUUCUUGCUCUACGAGACCUCACAAGUUCUUUUCAGCCAAACAGGAAAUCAGUUCCAGAUCUACCCAGCCUACCAUGUCUGAACCAGGUUCUGGUUGUGGUGUUCCAGCCCAGAGAAGCUCACAGCCUGGUCCAGAGUUGCUGUCAGUGAAGCUGGGGGACUGCAGUCAAACAGUGGAACUCAAUGUGAUUGUAAAGGAGGAGGGCGAGGAGAGAGAAAUCAAUGAGCGGGAGGAGGAAGAGAGAGAGGAGGACAGGAACUCUGUUGACUCAGGAGAGAGCCCCAACCCAGACUCAGUCAACAAGCCCAGUUCCACAGCAUCAAGACUGCCUGGUUGUGGGAGUUACCCCUGUCCUCAAUGUGGGAAGUGUUUCAGUCGAGCAGGAGACCUGAAGACUCAUCAGAGAUCCCACAGUGGAGAGAAGCCUACCUGUACUUUCAAUGUGAUUGUCAAAGAGGAGGACGGUGACUGUACUCCCAAUGUUAUUGUCAAAGAGGAGGAUGAUGAGAAGGAAAAGAGAGGAGUUGAGGAAGAGAAGGAAACUAGUGGUAUAGUUGACCCAGAUACAUCAAGACUUCGUGGUCGUUACCCCUGUCCUCAAUGUGGAAAGAGUUUCAGUUCCUCAGGUAAUCUAAAGAAUCAUCAAAGAGUUCACAAUGGAGAGAAACCUUACCACUGCUCCCAAUGUGGAAAAUGUUUCAGUCGAGCAGGAGACCUGAAGACUCAUCAGAGAUCGCACAGUGGAGAGAAGCCUCACCACUGCUCUCUUUGUGGGAAGUGUUUCAGUCGAGCAGGAGACCUGAAGACUCAUCAGAGAUCGCACAGUGGAGAGAAGUCUGCCAGUACUUUCAAUGUGAUUGUCAAAGAGGAGGAGGAUGAAAAGGAAAUUGAUGAGACGGUAAAGAGAGAAGUUAAGGAAGAGCAGGAACCUAGUGGUGUAGUUGACCCAGAUACAUCAAGACUAUCUGGUCGUGGUCGAUUCCCCUGUCAUCAGUGUGGGAAGAGUUUCCGUUCCUCAGGUAAACUAAAGAAUCAUCAAAGAGUACACACUCGAGAGAAACCAUUUCACUGUGCCACAUGUGGGAAGAGUUUCCGUGAAAAAUUCAACCUCACGAGACAUGAGAAGGUACAUAGUGGGGAGAAGCCUUACCACUGCACCCAGUGCGGGAAAAGCUUCAAUCGCUCUGGAAGUCUUAAGGAACACCAAAGAGUACAUACAGGGGAGAAGCCUUACCACUGCUCUCUUUGUCAGAAGAGUUUUAGUCAGCCAGGAAACCUUAAGAAACAUCAGAGAAUACAUACAGGGGAGAAGCCUUACCGUUGCUCUCUGUGUGGGAAUAGUUUUUGUUUUGCUGGAAACCUAAAGAAUCAUCAGAGAUCACACUGUGGAGAGAAGCCUUACCGCUGCUCUCAGUGUGGGGAGGGAUUCCCUCAACUAAAAAGUCUUAAAAGUCAUCAGAAAAUACAUAUUGGAGAGACGUCUCCCUCUACUUUCAAUGUGAUUGUCAAAGAGGAGGAUGGUGACUGUACUUUCAAUGUGAUUGUCAAAGAAGAGGAGGAUGGGAAGAAAAUGAGAGAAGUUGAAGAGGACAACAACAACAGGGGUGUAGUUGACCCAGAUACAUCAAGAUUGCCUGAUCGGGGUCGUUACCCCUGUCCUCAAUGUGGAAAGAUUUUCAGUUCCUCAAGUAAUCUUAAGAAUCAUCAAAGAGUACACACUGGAGAGAAACCUUUCCUCUGCUCCCAAUGUGGGAGGAGUUUCAGUGAGAAAGUAAACCUUAAGAGACACGAAAGAGUACAUAGUGGAGAGAAGCCUUACCACUGCACCACAUGUGGGAAGAGCUUCAAUCAUUCAGGAAGUCUUAGAGAUCAUCAGAGAAUUCAUACAGGGGAGAAACCUUACCACUGCUCACUUUGCGGAAAUAAUUUUCGUUUUGCAGGAGACCUAAAGAAUCAUCAGAGAUCACACAGUGGAGAGAAGCCUUACCAAUGUGCUCGGUGUGGAGAGGGAUUCACUCAGCUAAGAAGUCUAAAAAGUCAUGAGAGAAUAUCCAUUGGAGGGAAGCCUGCCUGUGCUUUCAAUGUGAUUGUCCAAGAAGAGAAAGAAGUUGAGGGAGAGGAGAGUGAUGUGAAAUAAACGUGAAGUGAGGAUAUAUAAGCUAACUAUAGGUAUUGAUAUUCACACCUAUCCUUGCAAUGGUGUCAUGGACUGCACCAUUUAGGGCUAUCUGCAUCUUCUUUUACUUCUGAGUGAAUUGGAAGUUCACAAAUGAACUCAACUUGAAUACCACCACCACCUAAUGUGCUGGAGAGUGUAUAAAUCUGACCUUUAUUUUGACAGGGAGUCAAUACUGAGACCGAGGUCUCUUUUCCAGAUGAGGCCUGUAUAGCACCACAAUACACAUUAAUAAUACACAAUAAACACAUGCAGCUACCCAUUCAUAAACAGAAUAUACACAGUGUUCUACACAACAUGACACAAAGUUACACACAAUCAUAAAAAAACAGACAUUCUUUAGCAACAAGGUCCCAUAACAACUGUCUGAAAUGCCCUUUUCCUGCACAACUGUAAAACCAGACUGUAGCCUUGUCACAGCCAGGUCAGCAGUCGGGGUAAUUCCGUAACGUAAUAGUAUCAUCCGUAUUUAGAUGAGAUCGAGACAAGAUCUUUAACAACUAUAGUGGUUGCUGUAAUAGUGCUAUUCCCAGGCCUAAAGCCUUUACAUGAGAUUGAUAUACUGAACAAUACGUUUUCCAUUCACACAAAAAAAGCUUAAUUUGUUUACAUCCUUGUUAUUGAGCUUUUUUUUUUUUUUGUGAAGAUAAUCCAUCCACCUGACAGGUGUGUCAUAUCCAGAAGCUGAUUCAAUAGCAUGGUCAUUACAGCAUGAACAUUGACAAACUGAUGUCCCAGCCUUUAUUAGUCUAGUCAUGGUAAAAACAUGACGUCUGGCCUCCCGAGUGUCACAGCGGUCUAAGGCACUACUGUCUUUCUUUUGAAUGCACAGAGGACACAAUAAACAACAAUAUCUAACUUUAACUACCACAGUAUCAUGUUAAAGGGCAAUUUCACAAUUACAUAUUCAUAAUCUCAAGCACCACCCCCAACAUCAACAUUUGUGAAAAUGGCGCAUUUUUAUAUUUUGCAGUGAGAUAGAUAGAGGAAUGUGUGUUUCCAAUAACAUCAGUGGGAUUUUAACCAAUUAUCAGGAGGCAUUGUUUACUAAUGACCCUACUAAUUGGUUGAUGAUGUCAUCACAUAUGUUGAUGUUGGGGUGGUGCUUGAGAUGAUGAAUAUGUAGUAUGUUUUUUUUUUUUAAAUACAUUAUUUCCUGUUAAAGUAACGUAUGUACAUGACUAACAUGUAAAACAAUAGCAUAGUCUAUAGAGGCCUGUAUACUGGGGGCUGAGUCUAUAGAGGCCUGUAUACUGGGGGCUGAGUCUAUAGAGGCCUGUAUACUGGGGGCUGAGUCUAUAUAUAGUGUAUACUGGGGGCUGAGUCUAUAGAGGCCUGUAUACUGGGGGCUGAGUCUAUAGAGGCCUGUAUACUGGGGGCUGAGUCUAUAUAUAGUGUAUACUGGGGGCUGAGUCUAUAGAGGCCUGUAUACUGGGGGCUGAGUCUAUAUAUAGUAUAUACUGGGGGCUGAGUCUAUAUAUAGUAUAUACUGGGGGCUGAGUCUAUGUAAUAUAUACUAGGGGCUGAGUCUAUAUGUAGUAUAUACUGGGGCUGAGUCUAUAUAUAGUAUAUACUGGGGGCUGAGUCUAUAUAUAGUAUAUACGGGGGCUGAGUCUAUAUAUAUAGUAUAUACUAGGGGAUGAGUCUAUAUAUAUAGCAUAUACUGGGGCUGAAUCUAUAUAUAGUAUAUACUGGGGCUCAAUGUCCCAAAUGGGGCUCUAAUUCCAUCUAUCUCUCAUAGACUCCAGUAGAAUUCAGUUGUGGAUAUUUUUUAUACCUGAUUAAACUCAGUAGAAGGGCUGGUUUGUAUUGACAUGUCAUGAUCUGGAUGGAACCAGUGUUUUUUAGAAUAUUGUUCUGUUCCGGAACAGUAUAGAUCCCUUUCGUUGUCAGUUCUGGUUCUGUUCCUUGAAAUUCCAGUUUUCUUUUCUGUUCCCUGAACUGGUUCCAACCCCUGGUUUAGAAUAUUGUAAAGUAUCCAUUAAUUAAAUAAUAAAUGCUAACAAACUGUAAUCUUCUUAUUCAUUAAAGGUGGAUGAUGUUGGUA